CCGCGCCGCUAGAGAAUGGCUUCGGUCGGGCCGGCCGCGCCGGGGGAGCAGGCCCCGGGGGCUGAGGCGGAGCCGGGCCCCGCAGGGUCGCCGCCAUCGCCGUCGCCACUGGGGCCCCUUCUCCCCCUGCAGCGGGAGCCUCUGUACAACUGGCAGGCGACCAAGGCGUCGCUGAAGGAGCGCUUCGCCUUUCUCUUCAACUCCGAGCUGCUGAGCGAUGUGCGGUUCGUGUUGGGCAAGGGCCGCGGCGCUGCGGCCGCCGGGGGCCCGCAACGCAUCCCCGCCCACCGCUUCGUGCUGGCCGCGGGCAGUGCCGUCUUCGACGCCAUGUUCAACGGCGGCAUGGCCACCACGUCGGCCGAGAUCGAGCUGCCGGACGUGGAGCCCGCAGCCUUCCUGGCGCUGCUGAGAUUUCUGUAUUCAGAUGAAGUUCAGAUUGGCCCAGAAACAGUUAUGACCACUCUUUAUACUGCUAAGAAAUAUGCAGUUCCAGCCUUGGAAGCACACUGUGUGGAAUUUCUCACCAAACAUCUUAGGGCAGAUAAUGCCUUUAUGCUUCUUACUCAGGCUCGACUGUUUGAUGAACCUCAGCUUGCUAGUCUUUGUCUAGACACAAUAGACAAAAGCACGAUGGAUGCAAUAAGUGCAGAAGGGUUUACUGAUAUUGAUAUAGACACACUCUGUGCAGUUCUAGAAAGAGACACGCUCAGUAUUCGAGAAAGUCGACUUUUUGGAGCUGUUGUACGCUGGGCAGAAGCAGAAUGUCAGAGACAACAAUUGCCUGUGACUUUUGGAAACAAACAGAAAGUUCUGGGAAAAGCACUUUCCUUAAUUCGGUUCCCACUGAUGACAAUUGAGGAGUUUGCAGCAGGUCCUGCUCAAUCUGGAAUUUUGUCAGAUCGGGAAGUGGUUAAUCUCUUUCUUCAUUUUACUGUCAAUCCUAAACCCCGAGUUGAGUACAUUGACCGACCGAGAUGCUGCCUCCGAGGAAAGGAAUGCAGCAUCAAUAGAUUCCAGCAAGUAGAGAGCCGUUGGGGGUACAGCGGAACGAGUGACCGAAUCAGGUUCACAGUUAAUAGAAGAAUUUCUAUAGUCGGAUUUGGCUUAUAUGGAUCUAUUCAUGGCCCCACGGAUUAUCAAGUGAAUAUACAGAUCAUUGAAUACGAAAAAAAACAAACCUUGGGACAAAAUGACACCGGAUUUAGUUGCGAUGGGACCUCUAACACAUUCAGGGUCAUGUUCAAAGAACCUAUAGAGAUCCUGCCCAACGUGUGCUACACAGCAUGUGCAACACUCAAAGGUCCAGAUUCCCACUAUGGCACAAAAGGAUUGAAGAAAGUAGUGCAUGAAACACCUACUGCUAGCAAGACUGUUUUUUUCUUUUUUAGUUCUCCUGGCAAUAAUAAUGGCACAUCAAUAGAAGAUGGACAAAUACCAGAAAUAAUAUUUUAUACAUAAUUUAGCACUAUAAUACAUCUUGGCUAAAUGGUACCACAUAGUCUAGUCUUAAAGGCAUAAAUAACUGGCCACAAAAAAUAGUUUGAGUGUUACGAAUAUUUGUAAGAUAAAAAACACUUUCGUUUCUUAGAGGAGAUAGAAAAAUGUUGAUUUACUCUGCAUGAUUUAAAGGCAGAUUUUCCAUUUUCUUAUAACCUUAGGGGAAAAGAGAGCUAAGUUUGUUUAAAAAAAAAAAAAAAAGCAGCCGCUGUUUACCUUUCUGUUGUAUAAUUUCAUAGAUCAGCUGAUUCAUGGUCUUUCAAUAGUUUUGUAAUUGAAAGAUUCUUGUUAUAUAUAGCUGGUUUGUUUUUUGUUUUAACUGCUUUGAAGGUUAGAUGAAAUGAGAUGGGUUGGUAUUCCUGUAGAGUUCCUAUUAACACAAAUAGCUAAUUUUGGAAAAUUAAGAAAUUUGACUUUAUAUUUGGGGUUUUGAAAUAUCAAGAAACUGUGGAGAAAUACCUAGUUGUUAGCAUUUGGAAAGGUACUAAACAUAGGAAUAAUAAAUACCUAAGGCAAAUUUCAGUGCAUUUACAGAAGACGAUAUUUUGUAAUAGUGAGUAAUGUGUUAUAUGUUUUAAACUAUAAGUGGAGUUUGUAAAUUCACCAUAAUGUGAUAUAAACAAAGGCUCUAAAAGUAUAGACUAAGACUGGAUUCCUCAUCGUUAAACUGCACCACUGUCCCUGUCUGUCUCUGGGGGGGAUGCUGCUGAAACUCCCCAAGACUGAGAUGAUGAUGAUUGGGUAAACAGACACCAGUUCAGCGUUGUGGUGGUAAUCUACACAGGAAGAAACGGAAUAAAAUACCAACAUAUUUCUGACAGUUACUUUGUGAAAUUUUAAAGAUAUCCAACAGAAGCACUCCCGCUGAAAAGUAUGCUUUCUGUCACCUACACGAUUUAUCUAAGAAGAAAAAUAUGUUUAAUACCUAAGACAUCAUUAACAUCACUGGUGCAGCCGGGGCAGGAAGGGAUAGGAAGUAACUGGCAGACUAACAUUUAUAUAUUUUUUUUAUAAAGCAAAUUAUUUUAUAUAAAUGAAAUAACAUUCAUUUUUUUUUCCCCUUGAAAGUGAGUAUCUUUUAAAAAAACUUAAGUGUAAUUAAGUUGAAGGUAUAUCAGAUAGUUGUGGAAGAUAGUUAAAAAUCAAAAUUCUCUUAAGUACCAAUUUAAAAAGAAUUUUUUUCUUAAAUAAUAGUAAUUAGGAUUUAAAAUGUUUUCAUCCAAAAUAGUGUUAAAUUAUAUAUUUUCAAGAAGGAGCGAGGUGUGUUGGUGGCAAAGAUCUCUUGAAGUUGCUGAAGAAAAGGGAAAAUUUUCUCUCUCUGGUACCAGUGACCUUCUGGACAUAAACCUCAGUUAACUGGAAUAUCUGUGGAAUGUGUGGUUCUGGUUAAUUAACUCACCACAAACACUCUGCAGUAACCAUUAUGGAAAAUUCUUCUGCCUUAACUAUGGUUUAUUGGAGAUAAGUUUAUGUUUUUUGAUGUUUGGGGUAUUUCAGAUGCCUCAAGGAUGUUGUAAUGAACAACAAUGAUUGUAACUGAAUAUAGUCAUAGAAGGUGAACAAAAAAUGGAACUGUUCACAGACAGUGGGACAUCCCCUGGAUUUUUUUGAAAAAAAUAAACAUCUGUUAUCCUUUUUUUGUCA